CAAUGAUGUCAGUUUGACUGGUGCAGAUCUUUAUUCUUCUUCUUGUUUAGACAUGCUUGUGCUCGCCUCAUUUCCAACCAUUUCGGCCGCGGGGAAGAAGCUUGCUCUCCAUCCCAUUAUGUGCACACACCAAGUUUCAUCCAUCUGUUCUGUGCUUUCGUUUCUCCUCUUCUUCAGUAUUAGACUAGCUAUGGGCCUCGCAGAGAGAAAAGACUGUUCUUCCUCCUGCGGACUGCAAAAUAUCAGCUACCCUUUUCGUUUGAAAGAUGAUCCAGCAGGUUGUGGUCUUUCAUCACAGUACCAACUCAUUUGCGAAGGUAACAAAACUAUCUUGGAUAUCCAAUCAGACAAGUUCUAUUAUGCUGGGAAUGGCUUAGCCUUCCAUUUUCUCAAGGAAACAAGAUACUAUGUCACUGAAAUUUCAUAUGACCAACAAGAAAUCAAUGUUGUUGAUUCUGGCUUGGCAAGUGGCCGUUGUGGUCUUCCCACUCGAUCUUCGCCAUUUGAGUGGGAUGAUUCUGAAAAUUCUUACGAUGACUUUUGGUUAUCAUUUCCGUACCAGUUACAAUGGUAUACUUGGUCUAUUUUCAUGAAUUGCACGAGGCAGAUUAAGAACGACACGUAUCAGUUCAUCCCUUGCCUGAGCCACAACAACAACACAUUUGCUUAUGUCGUUGUUGGAGAAGACGCGAAUUCGUUGCAGUUUCUUGAGCCUUCCUGCAGGUUUCUGGCUGCGAUUCCCACGGCUGGUUCUCCUGAAAUGGAUUCAACGACUGACGUUUUCAAACUCCUUCAGAAAGGCUUUGUUCUUUCAUGGGACGACGACCUCCAAAGAUUCUCAUUUCAGCCGUGUCUGGACGAAUUACGGAGGUUGUUCCGUCGUAUAGAGACCGCCGAUGUAUCAGUUCCCUCUAAGAUUCUUGCUGCCUAUGACUUGAACUUUUACUUCGUAAG